AUGAAUUAGAAGAACAAUAAUUAGAUAACCAUAUUACCAAUCCACCUACUAGAAGAGGAAUUUCGAGUUUUCUCUUAAAAACUUACUCGAUGGUUAUGGUAUUUUAUACAACCCACUUUCUUGUAAUCCAGACCCUUAAUUUAAUUAAAUUCUGGAAAAUUACAAUAUGAACCAAUAUAUUAAUAAAUUUAUUUUAAACUAAAUAAUUAGAAUCCAGAAUUUGAGGAUAUCAUCUCAUUUAAUAGUGCCGGAAAUGCUUUUAUAGUCAAGGAUCAAAAUGGAUUUAGUGAAUAUGUGUUACCAAAAUAAUAUAAACAUCAGAACUUUAGUUCCUUCAUAAGACAAUUGAACAUGUAUGGCUUCAAGAAGAUAAGAAAUGUCAACAAUCAGUAUUAGUUCAGUCAUCAUUGCUUCUUAAAAGGAAGAGAAGAUCUCCUUUACAAAAUCAUGAGGAAAAAUGGCGUUAUGCAGAGAUGUCAUUAUCUCAAAUAGCAGAAUAAAGCAAAGCAGGAAGUUACUCAAUUAUAUUCCAACUAUUCAGAACUGAAGACAGAUAUCGAAUAAAUAUAAAAAGAACUCAUCUACUUCUAUUAAUAAUUUGAUUAAUUUUAAAGUACCCUAUCAACUUUAAUUGAUUCCUCGAGACAAUAGAUUAGAGAAUUAAGUAUUAUAAAAAAUUAAAACUCCAUUUGUAAUGACUUACUUUUCUAAGUAUUGGCUAAUGUAUCUUAAUCACAACCUGAAUAAAAAUACCAUUUCCAAUAUCCCUUUACUAACUCCACUCAAUAAACUUAAACUACUAAAAGUAAUGGAAGUGAUAAGGAUGAAUUGAAUAAUGAUAAUGAAAAUAACAAUAAUUCAAGCAAAGAGGAUACCAAUCAAAGCUUUUAGAGCAAUUCCUUUAGAGAACCUUAAUAAUAAUUGAAAUCAGAUUGAGCCGAAUUUGGAAUUAUAUAUUUCGAAAAUGCAACUAAAUUAUUUAUUAAA